AUGGAAAGAAAUACUCCGCCCAAGCGAAGGGCUGUCAAGGCUUGUGCAUUUUGUCGACGUAGAAAGUUCCGCUGUGACAACGAACGGCCGGUAUGUUCCAACUGCAAGACAUAUGCACAAGACUGCAUCUACAUUGCAGGACCAGAUAAGCCGAGACCAACAAAAGCUCGGCUAUCUCAUUUAGAAGCCGAAAAUGAAGAACUUCGACGGCACCUAAGGCGUGUUGAUGCUCGCUCAGAAGACAGAAGAGAUGUAGCCGAAGAUAAUCCGUCUCAGUUAAAGCAGCAGAUACAAGGUCCCCCGGAGAGUCCGAGUGCAGAUGUAAGUGCCGAUCAGCGCCAGUCAGCUGUAUCGCGCAUAUUCAUCUCGCCAAAUGGGGACUCAAGUUAUCAUGGACUCACGAGUACACUUUUCAGCGAUGCAUCGACCGAUCAACAUGGCCAUCCCCGGUCUAUAGAUCCGAAGAUACCAGUAGAGCAUAUUCGAAAGCAGUUGAUCGGGGAAGCUGCCUACCAACGGCAGUCAGAAGCAUUGAACUUACGACAAGGGAAAUUGGACUUCGAUGGAGUCGACCCAGAGCUUGGAAUGCACCUUCUAUCUCUACAUUGGAAUCGACAGCAUCAUUCCUUCUUGAUUACAUAUCGCCCAGCAUUCAUGCGAGAUAUGGCCACUGGAGGUCCCUAUUUCUCCAAACUCCUCUUGAACGCGAUUUACUUCGGCGCGUCAAAAUUCAGCAACCGUCCUGAAGUUCGUCGAGAUCCGGAUGAUGUUCGCACUGCAGGAUGGACAUUCCGCCAGCGAGUGAAAGAAUUGCUGGGCAGUGCUCUUGACCGAAGUGAGAUAACAACGAUCCAGGCCCUGUUGGUGAUGACCAGUUCGUUAUUUGCCUUGGGAGACGAACGCAGUGCUGCGUGGCUCUAUGCCGGUACGGCAUUUAGAAUGAUCAUCGAUCUCGGCAUGCAUGUUGAUCCCACUAUGCUGAGAAAUAUGCGGCGUCUUUCAGAUGAAGAUAUCGAGAUUCGUCGUCGAGUUUUCUGGGGUGCUUUUGUCAUGGAUAAGAUCCAAUCUCUAUACCAGGGUCGUCCUGUAAGCAUACAGGAGUUUGAUACAAAGGUGUCCCUGACACUUUUGGACCACUAUGAGGAACUUGAGCACUGGCAACCUUUCGCGUAUACGGAUGUACAGUCAUAUCCGGGAUCUCCUGCUUACAGCGUUUCGACCUUCACGCAGCUGUGCAGGCUAUCGCUGAUAUUGAACUGUAUCUUGAACAAGGUCUACUCGGAGCGAAGCUCAAACCGGUCAUCUCAGGAGUUGGUCUCCACAUUACAGGCGUUAGAUGCACAACUCAACACAUGGCAUGACGAACUACCAGAUCAUCUACGCUUCCGCUCUUCAACAAUACAGAUUACGCCCCCACCUCACGUCCUUUCUCUCCUGGCACUCUACAAUGUACUUCUCAUCCUUUUGCACCGACCGUUCGUGGCAGAAGGGCAUCUCCACACAACCGAUCCAUCCGUGGCCAUUAGCUCGUUUACUACUUGCACAGCGGCAGCAGCUCGCAUAAUUCACAUCCUACAAGCAUACGAUCAUGCAUUCUCAAUCAGACGGGCUCCUUAUCUGAUUUCAUAUGCGACAUACGUUGCCGCCACGAUCUAUGUUCGAGUUGCUGCUCAAAGGGAAGCAAGUAGUAGAGCCCAUUCAAAUCUUUGGACAUGUCUUGACAUCUUUCAGAAGAACCAAGCAACUAACUGGGCUGUCCGCCGUGCCAAGAAUGUGAUUGUGCACCUGAUGGAUCGUAUGGGAGUUGAUCUGAACAUUCGGCACAGAGAAUACGAGGAGGCCAGACCUGAUGAAGAUUCAAGCGAGCAAAGACGUGUUUUAGAAAGAGAAGCUUGUACUGGUAAGGAGGGUGUCAGGCAAACGCCUUUGCCGACUCGGAUGACACCACCUGAGACAGAGGUCUCGGAGUUGGAUAUGGAUAUGAUUAUCCAGAGCUUCAUUCGACAGCAGACAAGGACAAAUGAUGAACAGCUGUUCGAUGAAUCAAACUACAAUCCUACGUCUGGUACUGCAAUUCCUCUUGGGACGCCUGGUGUCCUCGCUCCCACUGUUCUUCCGGGAUAUAAUGAUGCAUGUUUUGAUGCGCAGUUUGACGAUGAUAUGCUGUUUGGCUUCAACGGUUCUGUUCAGGAUAGUAUGCUGUAUAAAUAG